GGCGGUUAUGUUCCUUCAUCCUAAAAAAAUGACAAAAACAUCUCUUUAUCAAGAUUUAUCAACGGGUGUUGAGUUUUUAAUGUUGCCAUAUCUUUCAGGAAAUGGGAUAAGUGGUAACUGAUCCGCUCACCCUCCAAAUCCAGCAAACAUUUAGAAAUGAUGUGUUCGCCCAUCAGGCAGUAGAUGUGGAGGCCACACAUCGCUCAAUGCGACAUGCGGCAUAUCGCCAGUACGUACUAUGGAUCCACGGACGCCUUCAACAGGAUGACCGCAGGACAGUACCUGCCUGUUGUGUUAAAGUCAUCCGUGCCAAGUAUCCUAGUCCUACUGGAAACUAUGCUGGGUUCGUUCCUGGACACGGAAUUGGAUGGGUGAUGAAUGUUCUCCAUAUGGCAAAAUUCAACUUGAGUGGGCAUCCACAACCAAAUGCUGGAAAAAGCUUCAAACAGACUGCAGUGUAUUCUGUCUUCAAGAGCACAUGUGAACAGUUUACCUCAUACCAGAAAGGACCCGGAGGCAGUGCAUGGUGUUCAAUAUUCUCAAAUAUACGCCACAAAGGAAAAUGGCAGUGUGUUGAAGACAUUGACAAACAAUUUCAAAACUCAGGGCUUUUCAUCCUUAUAUAA